AUGAUGCUCUGUGGGUGCUGCCUCUCGGGCUCAGAUAACGAGUUGGACAUGGAUGAGCUCAAACGGCAUUACAACCUGGGCGAGUACUGGAUCGAGGUGGAAAUGGAGGAGCUGGCCAGCUUCGAUGAGGACCUGGCUGACUACCUGUACAAGCAGCCAGCCGAGCACUUGCAGCUGCUAGAGGAAGCUGCCAAGGAGGUGGCUGAUGAGGUGACCCGGCCCCGGCCCGUCGGCGAGGAAACACUCCAGGACAUCCAGGUCAUGCUCAAGUCGGAAGCCAGCCCAUCCAACAUCCGUAGCCUGAAGUCUGAUAUGAUGUCACACCUGGUGAAGAUCCCCGGCAUCAUCAUUGCGGCCACUGCGGUGUGUGCCAAGGCCACCCGCAUCGCCAUCCAGUGCCGCAGCUGCCGCAACACCAUCACCGACAUCGGCCUGCGCCCGGGCCUGGAGGGCUAUGCCCUGCCCAGGAAGUGCAACACGGAUCAGGCCGGGCGCCCCAAGUGCCCUCUGGACCCGUACUUCAUCAUGCCUGACAAGUGCAAGUGUGUAGACUUCCAGACGCUGAAGCUGCAGGAGCUGCCUGACGCGGUGCCCCACGGCGAGAUGCCCAGACACAUGCAGCUCUACUGUGACAGGUACCUGUGUGACAAAGUCGUCCCUGGGAACAGAGUCACCAUCAUGGGCAUCUACUCCAUCAAGAAGUUCGGCCUAACCUCCCGCCGAGGCCGAGGUGGCGACAGGGUGGGCGUGGGCAUCCGGAGCUCUUACAUCCGGGUCCUGGGGAUCCAGGUGGACACUGACGGCUCAGGCCGCAGCUUCGCGGGGGCUGUGACCCCACAGGAGGAGGAGGAUUUCCGCCGCCUGGCCUCGCAGCCCCACAUCUACGACGUCAUCUCCAGGAGCAUUGCGCCCUCCAUCUUUGGGGGCAUGGACAUGAAGAAGGCCAUCGCCUGCCUGCUGUUCGGGGGCUCCCGGAAAAGGCUCCCAGACGGACUCACUCGCCGUGGGGACAUCAACCUACUGAUGCUGGGGGACCCUGGCACGGCCAAGUCCCAGCUUCUGAAGUUUGUGGAGAAGUGCUCCCCGAUCGGGGUGUACACGUCCGGGAAGGGCAGCAGCGCGGCCGGCCUGACGGCCUCCGUCAUGAGGGACCCCUCGUCCCGGAACUUCAUCAUGGAGGGCGGGGCCAUGGUCCUGGCCGACGGCGGGGUGGUCUGCAUCGACGAGUUUGACAAGAUGCGAGAAGACGACCGUGUGGCCAUCCACGAAGCCAUGGAGCAGCAGACCAUCUCCAUCGCCAAGGCCGGGAUCACCACCACCCUGAACUCGCGCUGCUCGGUCCUGGCUGCUGCCAACUCGGUGUUUGGCCGCUGGGACGAGACCAAGGGGGAGGACAACAUCGACUUCAUGCCCACCAUCCUGUCCCGCUUCGACAUGAUCUUUAUCGUCAAGGACGAGCACAACGAGGAGAGGGACAUGAUGCUGGCCAAGCACGUCAUCACCCUGCACGUGAGCGCACUGACGCAGACGCAGACGCCGACGGUGGAGGGUGAGAUCGACCUCACCACCCUGAAGAAGUUCAUCGCUUACUGUCGCGCGAGGUGUGGCCCCCGGCUGUCUGCAGAGGCUGCAGAGAAACUGAAGAACCGCUACAUCAUCAUGCGGAGUGGGGCCCGGCAGCACGAGCGGGACAGCGACCGCCGCUCCAGCAUCCCCAUCACUGUGCGGCAGCUGGAGGCGGUCGUGCGCAUCGCUGAGUCCCUCAGCAAGAUGAAGCUGCAGCCCUUCGCCACCGAGGCCGACGUGGACGAGGCCCUGCGGCUCUUCCAGGUGUCCACGCUGGAUGCCGCUAUGUCUGGCACGCUGUCAGGGGUGGAGGGCUUCACUAGCCAGGAGGACCAGGAGAUGCUGAGCCGAAUCGAGAAGCAGCUGAAGCGCCGCUUUGCCAUUGGCUCCCAGGUGUCGGAGCACAGCAUCAUCCAGGACUUCACCAAGCAGAAAUACCCGGAGCACACCGUCUACAAGGUCCUGCAGCUCAUGCUGCGGCGGGGCGAGAUCCAGCAUCGCAUGCAGCGCAAGGUCCUGUACCGCCUCAAGUGAGCUGCCUGCCCGGCCAGACCUGCACCUCUGGCCUCCUCCGCUUCCUGCUGGCCACCCCAGGGCACAGAGCCACGGAGCUCCCGGAAACAUACUUCCAGUGUGUCUUACAGCAAGAAAGCCGUGGAUAUGUCUGGACGUCUGUGCUGGUGGCCUGUCCCCUCCUUCCACCCUGCCCUCUCCAUGAGGUGGCGUGGGGUGGGGGGCCGGUCUUGGACUGGACUGGCUCUGCCCGUUUGGAUGGAUAUUAAAGGUGCGCAGCCUCCGCUGGCUCCUGUGUGUGGACGUG